AUGGCCAACGGCAAAUGCAACGCCGAUCCCGACGUUGGGAGUCACGUAUGUUCCACCGGUGGCGGACCGCCGCCCUCAAGUAGUGGUUGUCAACCCUUUGGCAACUUAAUUUGCAAGGGAAAAUCGCAUCCGCAGUACAAGUGCUCGCCUCGAGUGACUUCCUCGACCAAAGCCAUCCUUACCAACAACAACUUUAGCGAAGGGGGUGACGGCGGAGACCCGUCGGAGUGCGACGGGAAAUUCCAUGAUAACUCUGAAUUAAUAGUGGCGUUGUCCACGGGUUGGUACAAUGGGGGUUCGAGAUGUGGGAAGAAGGUUAAAAUUAGCGCUAGGAAUGGACGGUCUGUGGUGGCUGUGGUGGUGGAUGAGUGCGAUUCUAUAAAUGGAUGUGACAAGGCGCAUGCUCAUUUGCCGCCUUGCGGCAACAAUAUUGCCGAUGGCUCUGAUGGUGUAUGGAACGCUUUGGGACUCGAUAUAGAUGUGGGUGAAGAGCCAAUUACUUGGUCCGACGCCUAA